UGUAUGAAAUCAUGCCUCGUUCUCUCUCUCUUUCCAUCCUUCCCGACAAAUUCUCCCUUUCGAUUUGCCCAAUUAUACAGAUUCUCUCAUUAUUCCCGAUCAUAAUCAUCAAAUAAAAAAAAUCGAAAUAUGAAUCCAGAAAGGAUUCAAAACGAAGGCCAGAUCAAUCCUGCCAGAUUUUCGAUAAAGGAUUCAGUUCGGUACAUGUUUGGAGAACAACGGCUGCUGUUUGUGCUCAUCGGAAUAACCAUUGUAGCUCUGAUAUCCAAUGUCGUCGUCAUUCCGUCGUCGUCGCAGUCUGAACCGAUCUCUGCAUCGUUUCAGGUUGCCGUGUCGACUUCCGUACCCCGUCGGAUAGCCUAUGAACUCCCCACACGCAAUUUCGAUCUCGUCAAUGCGGCGGGUGCGAGGAUUCCUCUUGGAUUGAAGUCGAAGAGUUUGAGGGUGUUAGUGACGGGUGGAUCAGGGUUCGUCGGAAGCCAUCUGGUGGAUCGACUGAUGGCGCGUGGGGACAAUGUUAUCGUAGUCGACAACUUCUUUACAGGCCGGAAAGACAACGUACUCCAUCAUCUUAGGAACCCUAGGUUCGAGCUCAUCCGUCAUGAUGUGGUUGAACCCAUCUUGUUAGAAGUCGAUCAAAUCUAUCAUCUUGCUUGCCCCGCUUCCCCCGUACAUUACAAAUACAACCCCGUCAAAACAAUCAAGACAAAUGUGGUGGGAACGUUGAACAUGUUAGGACUCGCAAAGAGGAUCAAUGCACGAUUCUUGUUAACGAGUACAAGCGAGGUCUAUGGUGAUCCCCUUGAACACCCUCAAGUCGAGACCUAUUGGGGCAACGUUAAUCCCAUUGGUGUUAGGAGCUGUUACGACGAAGGAAAGCGAGUUGCAGAGACCCUCACCAUGGAUUAUCAUAGAGGGCUUAACACCGAGGUUAGGAUUGCUAGAAUUUUCAACACUUAUGGACCACGGAUGUGCCUUGACGAUGGACGUGUUGUCAGCAAUUUCGUCGCUCAGGCCUUGAGGAAACAACCGUUGACUGUUUAUGGAGAUGGAAUGCAAACGAGGAGCUUCCAAUACGUGUCCGACCUGGUGGAUGGAUUAAUGAGGCUAAUGGAAGGAGAACAUGUUGGACCUUUUAAUCUCGGCAACCCUGGUGAAUUCACCAUGCUCGAACUCGCCAAGGUGGUGCAAGAUACGAUCGACCCAAAUGCAAAGAUAGAGUUCAGGCCAAAUACAGAAGACGAUCCACACAAGAGGAAGCCUGACAUUUCAAGAGCUAAAGAGCUUCUUGGGUGGCAGCCGUCGGUGACACUCCGGGAAGGACUUCCUCUGAUGGUAUCGGAUUUCCGACAACGCAUAUUUGGCGACCUCAAAGAAGGUGGUAGCAGUAUGAGUACGUUUUAACUUUGUGUUUGUUUAGGUUAUUUAAUUAGGUUAAUUAGGAAGUCAGGCAGACUUUCUCCAAGAAUAAAUUUAUCACUAAAAAAGAAUAUAUAAGUGAUUGUUUAGCACUAAAAUGGUAUUUGAAUUCAAAUCAACAAAGGCCUUCAUAAUUCGCCUUUAUAUUUGCUGUUAAAAUUGGACCUUAUAAAAAAUAGUGUUAAAUUUGAUGGUUGGUUGGUUGUUGUAAUAUGGUGGCUGAGAGAGAUAUUUAUUGUGUACUGUAUAGGGAUAUUGAAUAAUGUUAAAAUGAAAUACCUGAAAACUUUACGUA